AUUUAUAGAUCUUCUUAUGGUUUCAGGCUGGACUGAUGGAGGAUACCCUAAGUGUUAGAUCUAGUGAUUCAACUGCAAUAAUCGACGAUUACGAAUUUGUUGGCAAUACUGCUGUUGCUCUACCACAACUGAAAAUCUCUGGUGACACAGAUAUAGAGAAGCUGCUGAGUGAGGUGUUGGGGGAAAUGGAGCCAGUCUCCAUCAGCCAAUCACCGCUCCAAGAGGCCACCACUCCAUCUCCACCUCCACAACUCAAUGGAAAUAGCAACGGAAAUGGCAACGGAAAUGGCACCGGAAAUGGCAACGGAAAUGGCACCGUCAGCUCUGAGGAAUUAGUCACUAGUACUAGUGAGGGAGAGUACGAGGAGCCAGGCGAUGUACUCCAAGAUUGCACGAUAUUCGAUGGCAUUUCGUACUUGGGCUCAGCGGCCAUCGACGCCCCCAAAAGCCAGGCUGAAAUACAACGCAACAUGAGAAUACUCAACGAACAGCUGUCAGACCGCUCAGAUCAGCAGAUCAUUAAAGUUUCCGUUUCAAUUCCUAGCUGCUCGGAUGGUUCUGUUGUAUCUAGUCGCAGUACAAAUGAUGCUAUCCACUAUGUGACCACUCAGAUUGCCGAUAAAAUAAACACUGAAGAGAAACCAUUGGCAGUUCGACAAGUAUCAGCUUGCUUUGUGAAGGCAUUCCAAAGGGUCCCCAAGUCGUUGAGCACAUCUGUGAACGGGGAACUGGCGUUAGAGGACCAGGAGACCGGCAAUAAGAAUGCUAACAAUACACACAUGUUUGUGUUCGAAGUCAGCAUGGAAAUCAAAGAAGAUGAUGGCAGAGGCGGCUUCAGCGCGGUGUCAAAGGAGCAGACCUGGUUCAAGGUGCGCGCCAACGUGGAGAAGCAGAUCACGCUGACAGUGCAACAGGUGGUGGGGCAACACGACACCGAUCUGGUGGUCGAGCGCUGCUUCGGUGUCCUCUUGAGUCCCGGUCGCGGUGUCAAGCAUAGCGACAUGCAGCUUCUCGAAAUGAUUUCGACCGGAUCCGACCUGCUGCCAGACAAACAGUGCCGCAUCAUCACGGUGGAAUGGGAUCCAAAGGAGCCGGCGUUUGAGCCGCUGAACACGGAGACGCGGAAGGAGGGCGGAAAGAUGUGGUUGACUGUUGCCGUCGACCUGGUGAUCCGGGGCAUACAGGAGCCAGUGCGAUUCCUUCUGGAGAGUGCCGUUCGUGUGCAUCCGCAGAACGAGCGCUUCUGGAAUCUCUACAGCAAGAAGUCGCACAUCCAGCAGUUCUAUGUCAACUUGCAAGAGUUGCCCAAUUCCGAAACGAAUGAGCUGUUGUAUAAAGUGAUAAGCAUUGAGUCGAGUGGAGAGUUGGAUCGUAGCCGGCUCAACUUGACUCUCAACAAUAUUGCCAACUUCAUCCGCUCGCCCAGUGUCACCUCAAUCGACACGCUCACACCAAAGGACGAAUGUCCAUCAGACGGCGACGAACCGCUGCUAUCAGGUACAGGUGAGGUGAGCCGAGAGGUGACGGAGGUGGAGCUGCUCUCCUGGAAGGAGGUGCUGGACAAGUGGACAUCGUCCGCCUGCCCCCGGCCACGCCAGUUGCCCCCGCUCGUCAGACAGGGCGUGCCCGAGGCACUGCGAGGCGAGGUGUGGCAGAGGUUGGCCGGCUGUGACAGCGACAGUCCCAUGAUGCAGACUUACAAGACUCUCAUCGCUAAGGAAUGCAGCUAUGAGAAUGUGAUAAAGCGCGACAUAAACAGGACAUUUCCCGCCCAUGAGAAGUUCAAGGACCCUGGACUCGGCCAGGAAAACCUGAGCCGAAUUUCCCGAGCCUACGCCGUAUACGACACAGAAGUUGGAUACUGUCAAGGUCUAUCCUUUCUUGCAGCAACUCUUCUCUUACAUAUGCCAGAGGAGCAGACGUUCUGCGUGCUUGUGAAGCUAAUGUAUGAUUACGGACUGAGAGACCUCUAUAAGGACGGUUUCGAAUGCCUCUACCUAAGACUGUAUCAGCUGAAUCGACUUAUGGAGGAACAAGUACCCCAGCUGUGGAAGCAUUUUGCCGAGAAAGGGGUGGAGUCACACAUGUUCGCCUCUCAGUGGUUCCUCACCCUGUUCACUGCCAGAUUCCCCCUCUACUUUGUUUUCCACAUCAUAGACAUUUUCCUCCUUCAAGGCAUGGAAACACUCUUUCAGAUCGCCAUUGCUUUGCUCAUGGUGUUUAGAAAAGAUUUACUGCAGCUAGACUUUGAAAGUGUGCUGAAAUAUUUCCGCGUGACCCUGCCGAAAAAGUGCAGAAACGAAGACGUCGCCAGGCAAGUGAUCAAGCAGGCAUGCAGUCUCAAAAUGAAGAAACUCAAGAAAUACGAACAGGAGUUCAAUGCUCUUAAAGAAGCCCAAGAUAAUGCUGAUAAAUAUUCAUCGUAUUCGACAGAAGUUGACAGACUCAGGAAUGCUUUGCAGAGGGCUGAGGAGGAGAAGAAAAGACUGGAAGAUGAACUUUUCCAGGUGAAGGAGAUGCUAAAGAGGGAGGUUCAAAAAGCUGAAAAUGAUCAAAACAGAAAUACUGCUAUUAUUGCAGAUUACAAAAAGAUCUGUCAGAGGUUAGAUGCCGAAAAGUGUGCUACGAAAACAGCUCUAAACCAAUUGAGGGUAAGUAAAGAAUUCAUAUGCACUAUCAAAUUUAUUGAAAAUGUUGUCAUAAAAGCCCAAGAUAAUGCUGAUAAAUAUUCAUCGUAUUCGACAGAAGUUGACAGACUCAGGAAUGCUUUGCAGAGGGCUGAGGAGGAGAAGAAAAGACUGGAAGAUGAACUUUUCCAGGUGAAGGAGAUGCUAAAGAGGGAGGUUCAAAAAGCUGAAAAUGAUCAAAACAGAAAUACUGCUAUUAUUGCAGAUUACAAAAAGAUCUGUCAGAGGUUAGAUGCCGAAAAGUGUGCUACGAAAACAGCUCUAAACCAAUUGAGGGCAACAAUGGAGGGAUGCGACAGAUGUCGGAACGCGGACAACUCGAGUAGAAACACAUUCAGUGAUCCGCUGACUUCCAACGACCACAACUCCCAACAGAGCCAAGGCAUGGAGCGAAUAACUGAGCUGGAGCUGGAAUUGGCUCAAGCCAAGCUAGCUCAGGUUGAAGCCGAGUGCAAAAAUCAGGAUUUGAAUCACCAGCUGUCAGCGACCAUUAACGAGCUGCAGACGGCUCGCAACUCUUGGCCGCCCUGGCUGCACAAAACUCUCACCUCUAUCAAGGAAGUGGCCGCCAAUAAAGCCGCCUCCGCCGCCCCACCUUCUGCCGCCCCCAACCAUCGGCGCGACUCGGCGCCGGCUGCCGAAACACUCCCACGAGACGAGACUGCCUUCUAGAUUUAGAUAUUAGCCGCUACUCUAUUGUUUCCCCUUCACUGUGUAAAGCGGUGUUUAUGAACGAAACUCAGAUCGUACUUGCUACGUUUUUGCUUAUAAAACCGCGGUCGACUACCAAGAAAGAAUACCUUUGAUUCUUGAAGGAGUGUUCACGCAUUGUUAUAUUUUAUUGCUGAUUUUGUUAAUGAUUUACAAUUCAAAACUAAGUUUGACUUUUGUUACAUCGCAACCAAUCAGAUAACCAAGCAACUAAAGUUGAACUCAACCAAGUUUGAUCUCUAGAAUCGUUCAUAAAUACCGCCUUUGUCUCUCUCCGUAAUGCUUAGCUUCAGUGUCUAGAGCCUUUUUCUACAUACGCUUGACGAAAUUGAAUUCGGGCUAACAAAGUGUCUCAACAAACAACAUUUUCAGUGUUGACGAGCCUUAAUUGCUUGCUGCUUUUAAGCAGAAUAAAAUUUAUUGCCUUACAAAAAUCUAAUUAAAUACAGAUUACAAAAUCCGUCGUUCCACUUGAGGUUUGAUUAUAUUGAUUCAAGUUUAUUUUUAAAUGUAUUAAAUACGAAAUUGAUAUGGUAAUAUCAAAGCUCAUCAAGAAAUCUAAUGGUUGCCUUAUUAGGUGAUCAAAAACGUUAUAGAAAAAUUCUGUUACCAGAUAUGUCCAAAUAUCAAUUCCAAUUCUGCCAAAAAGCAUGAUCUUUAAAAAGUUUGUUGAAUUGUUCUUUUUUCAAGGAAAUAUUCAGGCGUAGAAUACGGUUAUGGUCAAAAGAUAGUGGAGUGGUAAAGUGAAUUGAAUGAUUGUCUUCAUUAAGGGUAGAGUUAGGACUCCAGGUCCUCUCUGCCACAUAACUCUAAAAGUGAAGGUAGAGGGAAUCAAGAGUGAAUU